AUGGUUCUGGUAAGAACGUAUGAUGAGGAGAAAGGAAUCAACAGAUCUGCAGACUUUGUCGUUUUUUUACCUCUCCGUUGUCCGUCCCGCCUCCGAACACUGGUGGCGCUGUGCGGAUCUCCAGCCACUGGUGGCGCUGUGCGGGUCUCCGGCUGUCGGCGACGAUGUGCAGACCUCCGGCAGCCGGUGGCGCUGUGGAGGAACGCUGCUGAACGCAUGCGCGGUGCCGAGUUCUGUUGUUGGCGGUUCUCCGAUUCGAGCAGGGAAGGAUUCACUCAGUCAUCCCACCUUCAAGCACAUCAGCGAGUUCACACUGGGGAGAGGUCGUUCAACUGCUCAGAGUGUGGGAAGGGAUUCGCGUUGUCUUCCCACCUACUGAGACAUCAGUUAGUACACACUGGUGAGAGGCCGUUCACCUGCUCAGAGUGUGGGAAAAGAUUCACUUUGUCAUCUCAACUUAAGGUACAUCAGCGAGUUCACACUGGUGAGAGGCCGUUCACCUGCUCGGACUGUGGAAAAGGAUUCACUCAGUCAUCCCACCUAGAAGCACAUCAGCGAGUUCACACUGGGGAGAGGCCAUUCACCUGCUUAGACUGUGGGAAGGCGUUCACACAGUUUGCUACCCUACAAGCACACUGGUCAGUUCACACUGGGGAGAGGCCGUUCACCUGCUCAGACUGUGGGAAAGGAUUCACUUCGUCAUAUAAACUUAAGGUGCAUCAGCGAGUUCACACUGGGGAGAAGCCAUUCUCCUGCUUAGACUGUGGGAAGGGAUUUGCGUUGUCAUCUCACCUACUGAGACAUCAGUUAGUACACACUGGUGAGAGGCCGUUCACCUGCUCAGACUGUGGGAAAGGAUUCACUCAGUCAUCCCACCUACAAGCACAUCAGCGAGUUCACACUGGGGAGAGGCCAUUCACCUGCUCAGACUGUGGGAAAGGAUUCACUUCAUCAUAUAAACUUAAGGUACAUCAGCGAGUUCACAUGGGGGAGAGGCCGUUCACCUGCUCGGACUGUGGGAAAAGAUUCACUUCGUCAUCUCAACUGGAGAUUCAUCAGCAAGUUCACACUGGGGAGAGGCUGUUCACCUGCUCAGACUGUGGGAAAGGAUUCACUCAGUCAUCCCACCUACAAGCACAUCAGCGAGUUCACACUGGGGAGAGGCCAUUCACCUGCUCAGACUGUGGGAAAGGAUUCACUCAGUCAUCCCACCUACAAGCACAUCAGCGAGUUCACACUGGGGAGAGGCCAUUCACCUGCUCGGACUGUGGGAAUGGAUUCACUCAGUCAUCCCACCUACAAGCACAUCAGCGAGUUCACACUGGAGAGAGGCCGUUCACCUGCUCAUUGUGUGGGAAGCGAUUCGCGUUGUCCUCUCACCUACUGAGACAUCAGUUAGUACACACUGGUGAGAGGCCGUUCACCUGCUCAGAAUGUGGGAAAAGAUUCACUUUGUCAUCUCAACUUAAGGUACAUCAGCGAGUUCACACUGGGGAGAGGCCAUUCACCUGCUCAGACUAUGGAAAAGGAUUCACUCAGUCAUCCCACCUGCGAGCACACUACUCAGUUCACACCGGGGAGACUCCAGACACCUGCUCGGACUUUGGGAAGAGAUUCUCUCAGUCAAAUCAACCAAAUGUGCAUCAUUGAGUUCACACUGGAGAGACUGUUCACUGGAUGUGUGUCCAUCACCGUUGCUGAAUGCAAUUUCGAGACUGACUGUCGGUGCUGAACUCUGCAAUCAUUGCUGCUGCUCACCACACCCAGUUCUGCACCCUGGUCACUGGGCAUGGGAGGAGUUUCUUCUGCUGCACAUUCACCUUUAAUAGGACUGGAGUUUAAUAUUCUGCAUCUGUGACAAAUAAAUCAGUUCUAUUUUAAACUCUGUCUCUGGUACUUAGUGAAAUUAUAACACACGUAGUGCACAGUAGAGAGUCAACUCAGGCCGCCUGGACUUUGCUGAG